GUUCAACGAUCCAGGAUGAGUCUUAGAGCCAGCCUUAGUAGUACCACCUUCGUAGCCGUAGCCGUAGCCGUAGCCCAUCUGUAGCCAUCUGUAUUCCUCGUUGCAAAGGUUCAGUCUAGCGUGGUCUGCGUGUCCAGUUCCACCUCUCACGAGCCUUUUUGAUCUUCUUGGCUUUGUCUGCAUACAGUGUCAAAGUGUCUGCAUGUCAGGUAAUGACCUUUGUCAGCAAACAAACUUGGUCUAGGUAGUAUUUCUCCAUCAUUUAUAUGAGGGUCAGGCCCGCCCUUCUCCGGACUCUCCAGGUCUUACUCCCACACCUCCAUACGUCCCUUCAGUCUGGUACUAGAUUGAAAAUCCGGAGUCGGUCAAAUUUCACCCCUCAUUUUCGCCGAGGCCACCAUUAGAGAGAUCUUGUAGAGAGAUCUAACAAGAUCUGCCUGGAUCUGCCUGCAUAAUUGUGAACCCUCGGGAUUUUACAACGCGUUGGCUCUCUUUUUUUAUACUAAACUCCGAACCGUAUAAUUCAACAUGGCGGCGGCGACGGGGACAACGCCGACGUACAUGGGCCUUCAGGGCCGGUCGCUGUCCAUAAUGGUCAGUACGGUGGCCACCACGGGAUUUUUGCUAUUCGGUUACGAUCAAGGAGUAAUGAGCGGUAUCAUUGGUUCGACCCAUUUCUCAAAUGUCUUCACAGAAGUAAAAGGCAAUCCGACUAUGCAAGGUCUUGUCACCGCCAUUUACGAGAUCGGAUGUCUCAUUGGCGCCAUGUUCAUUCUCGGAGUCGGUGAUUUACUGGGUAGAAGAAAGGCAAUGAUACUGGGAGGAUUUAUCAUGAUUAUCGGCGCCACAAUUCAAGUCACUUCGUUCCCGGGCCACCAACCGCUAGCUCAAUUUAUCAUUGGUAGAGUCGUCACUGGCGUCGGCAAUGGUAUCAACACCUCUACUAUUCCGACUUAUCAAGCUGAAUGUAGCAGAACUUCCAACAGAGGUUUACUUAUCUGUAUCGAAGGCGGUAUUAUCGCAUUUGGUACUGUGAUUGCGUACUGGAUCGACUAUGGCUGCAGCUUUGGCAGCGAGGAUCUUUCAUGGCGUUUCCCUAUCGCUUUCCAGAUCAUUUUCGGUCUCUUCGUAUGCAUUUCUAUGAUUUUCCUGCCCGAAAGUCCUCGUUGGCUUCUCACCCACGAGCGGUAUGAGGAUGCUGAGACUGUCAUCUCGGCCCUGCGAGGUUUUGAGAUGGGCAGCGAAGAAACUCACACGGAAAGAGACAUCAUCUUAGAUUCCAUUCGUGCCAGUGGUUUCUCCGGCCAGAAGAGCACCCCGAUGAAAGCCCUCUUUACUGGCGGCAAGACCCAACAUUUCCGACGUAUGCUGCUUGGCUCUAGCAGUCAGCUGAUGCAGCAAAUAGGCGGUUGUAACGCAGUCAUUUACUACUUCCCUAUUCUAUUUGAGGACAGCAUCACUCCGGGCGAUGAGAACUUGGCACUGCUCAUGGGUGGCGUGAACAUGAUCGUCUAUGCAAUCUUUGCUACGACCUCUUGGUUUAUCAUCGAGCGGGUUGGCCGACGAAAGCUAUUCCUUUACGGAACUAUCGGACAGUGCCUGUCGAUGGUUCUCACGUUCGCUUGUCUUAUUCCUGGUCCUCAUAUUCCCGGUCAAGCAUCCAACGCGGCCAAGGGUGCAGCCGUUGGUCUUUUCACCUACAUCGCCUCAUUUGGCGCGACUUGGCUCCCGCUCCCCUGGUUGUAUCCUGCUGAGAUCAACCCCAUCAAGACUCGCGCGAAGGCAAACGCUACCUCGACUUGCACAAACUGGCUAUUCAACUUCCUUAUCGUCAUGAUUACGCCAAUUAUGAUCAGCAACAUCGGUUGGGGCACUUAUCUGUUCUUUGCCGUCGUCAAUGCCUGCUUCUUGCCCAUCAUCUGGUUCUUCUACCCCGAAACAGCCAAGCGAUCGCUUGAAGAGAUUGACAUCAUCUUCGCUAAGGGAUUCGUGGAGAAGAAGUCUUACGUCAAGGCUGCGGAAGAACUACCCCUUCUCAGUCCCGAGGAGGUCGAACAAGAAGCUCUUAAGUACGGACUUAUCGAUGUUGCCGCUAGGGGUGCGGCGCGUUCUGCUGGCCCUGCUGGCGUGGUUCAAGAGAAGGCUCUCAGUGAAAAGAGCGGGAAGAGCGACGAGGCUGGAAGUCGCGAGGAGAUUGAGAACUAGGAGAUUAUUGACUCCUAGUACUGCUUCUGGUUGGUACCAAUAAUAUGGUUGACCACAACAACCACUGGUGCAUAAACUUGAUAAUACUUCGAUUAACGAAGUUACUGGAGCCAGAUUUGCUCCAGACCAAUUUGGAUGGUAGACUGGUCAGAUAGACCUGGAUUCGCCCAGAACCAGAUUUCAUAGAUCUACACUUACUUAAAUGGGGGUUGAAGGUGCAAGAUACCCAUAUUGCUAUAACGCAAAACGUUGAUAGUCAGUACAUUCUUUAUAACACCCAAGAAACUGGCAUGUAGGCUACUUGGUUGAACCCGCAUAGAAUCGUGACGAUAUCAAACUAAGACGAGUUUCCUUUUUGUCAGUGGUGGCUACAACAAAAGUUAACCCUACUUGACUUGGACUUCUCAGAUUCCCUUUACGAAACCGUCUGGGAGCCGAUUAUGGUAGGUAACUGUCAAAUAAAUCGGCUUAUUAAUUUGCUUGCAUCUGUUGCUUGUUUUAGCAAAACCCAACGUCAGAAGCCAUUGAUUUCGAUAGAUUCCUCUAGUGAAUAAAUUGGGCCUGCUGAGUUCUAUGCUGUAUAGGUUGUUACGUUUGUGAUAUCGUGGCUAUUUGUCUGUUUGAAUCUUCCGUGACUAUCUAGGCAUGUUUCUGUGCAAUUGGAAGAAGAAUGACGCCUUUACGUGCUAGAGAGAUACACUCUUUUCGUGAAAACUCAGAAGAUUGCUCUAGG